GCUUUUUCCUGGGUGGAGCCUGCCGCGCUGUCAUGAGUCUCUUCAAGUUCGUGGAUAUUGGCAUAAACCUGACAGAUCCCAUGUUCAGAGGAAUUUAUAGGGGAGUGCAGAAGCAUCAAGAUGACUUACAAGAUGUAAUAGAGAGAGCUAUCCAGAUUGGUGUUAAAAAGUUUAUGAUCACAGGUGGAAGUCUACAAGACAGUAAAGAUGCACUGCAGUUGGCACAAACAAAUGACAUGUUUUUCAGUACAGUGGGGUGUCAUCCCACCAGAUGUGAUGAAUUUGAGAAGGAUAGCCCUGAUCAGUACUUAGCAGGAUUGCUGCACCUUGCUGAGAACAACAAGGGAAAAGUUGUAGCAGUAGGGGAGUGUGGCCUAGAUUUCGACCGACUUCAGUUUUGUCCCAAAGAUACUCAACUCAAAUAUUUUGAAAAACAAUUUGAACUGUCAGAACAAACAAAGUUGCCAAUGUUUCUUCAUUGUCGAAAUUCACAUACUGAGUUUUUGGAUAUUAUGAGAAGAAAUAGAGACCGGUGUGUGGGCGGAGUGGUACAUUCAUUUGAUGGUACGAAGGAAGCAGCAGCUGCUUUGAUUGACUUGGGCCUUUAUAUAGGAUUUAAUGGUUGCUCUCUGAAAACUGAAGCUAACUUGGAAGUUCUGAAGUCAAUACCUAGUGAAAGACUAAUGAUUGAGACAGAUGCACCUUGGUGUGGAGUUAAAAGUACACAUGCUGGAUCAAAAUACAUAAAAACUUCAUUUCCUACCAAAAAGAAAUGGGAAAAUGGACACUGUUUAAAAGACAGAAACGAGCCCUGCCAUAUAAUUCAAAUACUGGAGAUAAUGUCAGCAGUAAGAGAAGAAGAUCCUCUGGAAUUAGCCAACACGCUAUAUAACAACACCAUUAAAAUAUUUUUUUCCUGAUUUGUAUUUUCUUUUUAUGAUGUGGAAUUUCAUAAUAAGACUGUGAGCUUUAUUAAAGAAGUCUUUCCAGUAGUUCUUUAAAGAGGUAGCACUAUACAUUCCACCUCACUUCUACCCAUCAAGUCAGAUCAGCUGCUCAAUGCCUUAGUUAACAAUGACAACCUUUUUAUUGUGUAAUGUCAUCAGAAGUCUGAAAGGACAGUUUUAUGCUCUCACUGCAAACACAGUGAUGUUUCUACCUAAGACUUAGACAGCACGUCCUUGUUUAUAUCAAAGUUUAGUUAAUAACAAGCCUAUUUCUCAAUUCUGUCCCUGAUUUGUGACUUUUGAACCUAGCUCUGUGCUGCAGCUCUGAUUUCAAGUUUCUCAGUUGCUUCUAGCAGGCUAUCUUGCCUUAGUUUUAAAAAACAUUUUAUAGCCUUUCUACUCAACAUUAUUUUAUCUCCUUGUCUCUUAUACUAACUUCCUUUAUUCUGCUUCUUCAUUUCCCCAUUGAUUUGAAGGAAAAGCUCGAGGCCAGCAUUAGCUAUACUCCAAUUCCAUGGAGGACUCUUUGGCACAACUGACGCACCGUAUGGUCAUUAUCUCUAUUAAGAAGUUAUUUGUUCAAAUUUUGUCAUAAAAACGUGAAAACAUUUUAUUCUAUGUACAAUAAUGUACACAAAUUUAAAUAGGUCACCAAAGAGACCAGAAGUAAUUAAAGAGGUAUAUUUACAGUAGCACAUCACAGUAAAUGAAAAAUCAUUCACAGUUUCAACAUCGAUACUGUUUUUGUGCUUGGUUACACACUGACGUGAAGCAUAUUACUCCAUUUUGGAUGAACUGAAUUUUAAACAAAUACCUCAAUGAUUAGUAAAUGCUACUUUAAUCAGUGUCAUCAUUAAAUUCUGCUGCUGCUGCUGCGCCUGUGUGCUGAAUCCCCCCGUUUCUUUCUCUUUGAGUGUCAUCAUCACAGUCUGUACUGUCAUCCUCGUUCAAUUCUCGGUCAGAUCCAGCAGCAUCUUCUCUUAAAGCUUCCUCUGGGUUUGGAUUUUCAUUGGGUGCAAUAAAUCCAUUGUUGUUAGAUACA